UGUCUCUCGGAGGCCGCCGCCGCCUCUCGCUCUUUGCACCCGCCGGGCGGCCGCCAUGGGGAUUAAAUUCCUUGAAGUAAUCAAGCCCUUCUGUGUUAUCUUGCCCGAAAUCCAAAAGCCGGAACGGAAGAUUCAGUUUAAAGAAAAAGUAUUAUGGACAGCUAUCACACUUUUCAUCUUUUUAGUAUGCUGCCAGAUCCCCUUGUUUGGCAUAAUGUCAUCAGACUCGGCAGAUCCUUUCUACUGGAUGAGAGUGAUUCUGGCUUCAAAUAGAGGUACGUUGAUGGAAUUGGGUAUUUCACCUAUUGUCACUUCUGGGCUCAUCAUGCAGCUCCUGGCAGGCGCCAAGAUAAUAGAAGUUGGUGACACCCCGAAGGACAGAGCUCUGUUUAAUGGAGCACAGAAAUUGUUUGGAAUGAUCAUCACCAUUGGUCAGUCGAUCGUCUAUGUAAUGACUGGAAUGUAUGGAGACCCGUCUGAGAUGGGUGCUGGUAUCUGCUUACUUAUCACAAUUCAGCUUUUUGUUGCUGGAUUGAUAGUCCUGCUCUUGGAUGAGCUCCUGCAGAAAGGAUAUGGACUUGGUUCUGGCAUCUCUCUCUUUAUUGCCACCAAUAUUUGUGAGACUAUUGUGUGGAAGGCCUUCAGCCCCACCACUGUGAACACAGGACGAGGCAUGGAAUUUGAGGGAGCCAUCAUUGCUCUGUUCCACCUUCUGGCUACUCGUACGGAUAAAGUCAGAGCUCUUCGCGAGGCCUUUUAUCGUCAGAACCUGCCCAACCUCAUGAACUUGAUUGCUACCAUCUUUGUCUUUGCUAUCGUCAUUUAUUUCCAGGGCUUCAGAGUGGAUCUUCCAAUCAAAUCUGCUCGCUACCGUGGCCAGUACAACACCUACCCUAUCAAGCUGUUCUACACUUCCAACAUUCCCAUUAUUCUUCAGUCUGCCCUUGUGUCCAAUUUGUAUGUCAUCUCCCAGAUGCUUUCUGCUCGCUUCAGUGGCAACCUGCUGGUUAGCCUGCUGGGCACUUGGUCUGACAUAUCAUCCGGAGGCCCAGCUCGUGCUUAUCCAGUUGGUGGACUUUGUUAUUAUCUGUCACCUCCAGAGUCCUUUUCUUCAGUGUUAGAAGACCCUGUCCAUGCAGUUGUUUAUAUUGUAUUUAUGUUGGGAUCCUGUGCUUUCUUCUCCAAGACAUGGAUUGAAGUCUCUGGCUCCUCUGCCAAAGAUGUUGCCAAACAGCUGAAAGAACAGCAAAUGGUAAUGAGAGGCCACAGAGAAACCUCCAUGGUCCAUGAACUGAACAGGUAUAUCCCUACAGCUGCUGCAUUUGGUGGUCUCUGCAUCGGUGCCCUCUCCGUCUUGGCAGACUUCCUCGGGGCCAUUGGGUCUGGAACUGGAAUCUUGCUUGCCGUCACUAUCAUUUAUCAGUACUUUGAAAUUUUUGUAAAGGAACAGAGUGAAGUUGGAAGUAUGGGAGCCCUUCUUUUCUAAAUGUAGCUUCUCAUGGACCCAGGAAGAGGGGAAGAACAUUCUUGAAAUAAGUCAGGUGAAAAGAAGUAAACUUGAGUAUGUCAUUCUAUAGGAACAUGUAUUUUAAUAAUGUUUUCAAAGCGCAUUCCCUUAUGUUCAAACUUUUGUAGCAUACUCUUCGCAUUUUAUAAAUUGCUGGGGAAAAAUGUGCAAAAAAUUUUUUAAGAAAAUUGUUUUUUAAUUAUGUGUUGGGAAAAUCAGCUUUCUGAAUUGAAUUUAGUUCAGUCGCUCUUCAAUUUUUGUUUCAUCCCCUUUCAAAACAGGUAUACCUGAAGCCUUCACAGGUUUUAACAAACAGUUAUGGGGGGACAGUAUGUUUGGAAGGGAUUCUUUGCAUUUAACUUGUGUUUGCAACUCCUUUGCAGUAGUGGUGAGAGAACCUCUCCCUCUAGUGCUUGUGUUCCGUAGUUAUGGUUGUAAGCACAAUGUUUAAUACAUUUGGUUUUGCUCUGUUCCAGUAUGGCAGAUUUGGGAGGCGAUUGUUUCUUUUUACUAAAUUAUAUCUCUAAUUCCAAAUAUCUUGUCCUUUACUAAGCUAGGUCUUGUUAGAUGUUGAAUAUUGGCUUGAGACUGUUGUCAAUUCUCUUUAAAAGUCAGAAUAUGUUCUUGCCCACCACCUCUCCUCCAGAAGCAGAAAACUCAGGUCAAUCAGAGUCUGUGCCUAGGAGUUGCAGCUCUGAAUCCUGGUAAUGCAGGCAGCUUUUUUCAUUGCCAUUAGCCAUAGCACUUCUAGCUCACAGGAAUGGAUGUUACAGCUGUUUAGAUGCAAAUCUUGUGCCAUUUGCUAAAGUUAAGUUUCUCUCAACAGUACUAAAUUCUGGAUAUUAUCUGACAGUCAUAUCUAGUGCAUUUGGAGACGGUUACUAUAGAGGAGUGUGCUUUGUCUGUUUUUACCCCUAAUUCUGGAUAUGAGACCCUUUUCAGGUAGUUCCUGUUACUGCUCAUGUUAGAUGGCUUUACUGUCCAGUAGUCUCAUUGACUUGAGCAGUGGGUAGAAAAAUACCAAAAGUCAAUGGGGCUUCUUUUUUUCAGGGUCAUGCCAUCAAAUUGGAGAAGUUGAAGUAAAAGGCUUUAAUGGACCAGAAAAAUCCUUAAUUUUCCAUUUAAAUUUAGAUUGUCGAUAUUAAUCAGGUGCCUAGGACCAAAUGCAAAUAUUUGUGUGUGAGUUUUGUAAAUACACUUUUCCUCAAUCAGUAUUGGACAACGUGGAAACCUGAAUGAGAAGUGAUAACAGUGGAAUGUUUCUCUACACUGCAUCUACAUGACUUCCUGAGCAUUUUUGCAUGUUGUGCUGACUGUAUUAUAAAUUAUUAUUUCUGCUUGGAGUGAUGGGACUUUCUGGUACGUUCCCCAAGAAGCACAGAUGACAUCCAGAAGACCCUGUUAAUGCACUGAGCUCAAAUACCAAAUGCAUGAAAAUUUAGCAAAGCCUAUAUAACAGACACCUAUGAAAAAUUAUGAUUUCUCAUAAUUUUGAUUAUCGGGAUUGGGACAGGAGCACAAGUGCCAGGAGAAAGGCUCCAUGAAAUGCUCGCCGAAACGUGGCCACUAUUAUUUCACACUACUUUCUGUAAUUUUCCUU